UCAUGCCCCUCCAUAGAUUAGGAAUAGCGAACUCAGUUAGCGAGACGCGCGUGCGCAUACGGACGGAAAAUCAUUGGGAAAACAUUGCGGAAAACUCCAGGAAAAUAGAAGAAAAUGCAGAGCGCCGUGCCAUUGGCCUGUUUUUUCUCUAUGAUACGCCCGCCAGGUGUGUUGUUCGAGCAAGGAUUGCUGCAAAUAGCGCCGGUGAACAAGAUAAAGUGCCCAUACGUCAAGGAGAACGUGGACAUUGGCUUCCAGCUGUUCACCAGACACAACCCUACCGUAUACCAGCCGCUGGCCAUCGACGACGAUGAGAAACUGUUUGCAUCGAACGUAGACUUUCACGUGCCCACCGUCAUCUACUUCGGAGCUUUCCUGGAGCAGCCGGACGAGGGCAGCGGCCUCAUGGUCAGAGAAGCCUACAUGCUACGCGGCGACACAAACAUGAUUAUGGUGGACGCGCGUACGCUGGAAGCGGGUCCGUGGUACAUCACCGCGGCGGAGAACACAUGGUAUAUCGGACAGUUCGUUGCGAGGUUCAUUGAUUACUUGGUGUCCAGAGGCCUGAAUUUGAAUAAUACGCAUCUGAUCGGACACAGUCUAGGCGCGCAGGCGGCCGGUGUGGCCGGGAGCGCAUUGAAAUCUGGGCGCGUGUCAAGAAUCACCGGCUUGGACCCAGCGUUUCCGUUGUUCGACAAGUUACCUUUGGACCAGCGGCUCGACCCCUCCGAUGCGGAUCUUGUGGACGUCAUACACACUGACGCUGGGAUAUUCGGUUUCAAUAGAAACAUGGGUCACGCAGACUUCUACCCCAACGGCGGCAUCAGCCCCCAGCCGGGAUGCGAAUUGGAAGUUGUUCUCCACCAGCCGAUCAUCACGAAAAAAUGUGAUGGACAAACACGACAACCAGAAGGGUUCUACAGGUUCUAUUUACAGACAAACAACAAGAAAGACUUUAGAUCUAAAUUAUAUGAGUUUUUCAUCCACAUUCAUAACUUGAAAGAUAAUAUUGAAAAACAAAAUAAAGAUUUCACACAAAAGUUCGACAUUUACGAUGAGAAUACUGAAAUUUCUGUUGUUUAUGGGACAAAACACACAAAAAAACGAUUACACGUUUCAAAAACUAUAACAGAUAAUGUCAAAGGAAGAAUUCUAUUAAAUAAACUUAAUAGAGAUACAAAUAACACUAAUUGUAAUCAAACAGAUGAAGUUAACAAUAAUACAGCAUUUAAAACUGAGCAUAGUACAAAAGAAACUGCCGGAGAAGGCAAUCAAAAUAUACCAAUCGCUAUUUCUCUCGAAAACAAUUUAAAUAAAUCACUCACAUUAACAUUGGACAAAUUAUCUGAUCCAGACAAAGUCGAAGAGAAUCACAAAACAAAUAUUGGACAAAAACCAUUGGAACAGAGUAUAAAAGGCACUAAAGGAAAAGGCAACGAAAAUAUACCAACUGCUAUUUCCCACGAAAACAAUUUUGAUAAAUUAGUCACAUCAAAACAUGACAUUAAUCUAUCUAAUUCAGACAAAGUCGAAAACAAACACACUAUCACAGAUAAUGUAGAAAAAUCAAUGGAAAACAUUAGAAAUAACACACCGAACACUGAACUAGCAACUGACAAUGAACGAAUGAAAACUGAAAAAGUAAAAAAAACACACGAAAACAACAAGAGCAAGAAGCGUCAAAAGCGCUUCGUGCCGUUCCUACAGAAAUCCGAAGCGGCCGAAAACGACAAUUUAUUGAUGAGAAUGUUAGAAUUUCUAUUUAAAUAUAGGAAAAACGUGUUGCCAGUGAUAUCAGUGAUGAGGGAGAUAAACACUUUAAUUAAAAGCGGCAACGGCGAAUUGAAUCACAUAACAAAGGAGAGAAACAAUUAUAUUGGAACGUCUCCAGUGUUGCCACCAAUAGCUUCGUACACCUUGGAGUUGGGGGGUGAGGGUAAGGUGACCGCGUUUGUUAAGAGACUGCUUGGAAUCAGUCCGAAGGGGGAUCGGCUGACAAUCGCUGGUGGCAAGUAAACGCACGUGGCAGUUACUACCUGAUGACACAUCGCCAAUCGCCAUAUUCCAUAGAAUAAGCUUCAGUUGCACCUGUCAACUUUGACGUUAACUUUAAUCUGCGCGCCGUCGCCGAAUAGAUAAAAUGGCGAGCUUUACGUUGCGGUUAACGUCGAAAUUGACUGGUGUAAUUAAUCCUAAGUUUAUGUAAGUUGAAAUAUUAAAAAAAAACAAUAAUAUUGAAUGUGCCCGUGUGACUGACUGACAAAGACAUCUCAGUCGGUGAUCGAAUUCGAAUCGAUCUUUAAGGGUUCCAAACAAGAAACCCUUAUAAUCUAGAUGUCUGUCUGUCCGUCCGUAAUUCAGAGACUAUUAGUAGUAGAAAAUUAUAAUUCGGUAAAUAUACUAUCUACCUUAAUUAUGUGAUGUUCGAUCGAAUAGGUUCCCUCCAGGUACUCCCGAAUUAUAAAAAAAAAAAUCCCUUUACUAGCUGCGUCCAGUGACUUCGCUCCCGUGGGAAUAUCGGGAUAAAAAGUACCAUAUGUCACUCGCGAAUAAUGUAACCCCUUACUGGUGAAAGAGUUUUGGACAUCGGCAUUAUCGCUGAACUCGUGACGCCGAUGCGAAUGAACAUUGCAUAGUUUGCGUUGAGAGCUUUUGUUUGCCGCAAUGAAAACCAGCAAUGUAUGCCGAAUCCGCCAAAGUUUUGCCGUGUAUAGCCAGCAGUAGAUUACCAUCUGAUGGGGGCGACAAUUUCUAGCGUUGUAUCACUUUAUACGUUCAUCAGAUGGCGUUACUGAUAAAGUGAAUUCGUUUUACAUGGCGUGGGCAUUAAAAUAAAAAAAAAAACCCUGCGCAAUUGCGACCAAACUUUUUUGACCUUUCCCUACAACAGCGCCCCUGGCGGCGAAUUCAAACGCGUUAGUUUUCAUUCGGAAGAACAAAAAAAUCAUAGCACACUUCCGCCGCAACGCUACCCCUCGGCAUGAUGACGUUCGUUAAAAAAUGAGCUUUACAGCGUCGUAUGAAGACAUAAUUUACACUGACAACAAAUUAGCGAGUGUUAGCUUUCGUGUUGUCAAUGUAAAAUAUGUUUACAGGGGACGCCAUAAAGUUCACUUUUCAACGAACGUCAUCUUGCUCAGUGCAUAUAGAUACAGAUACAUUUAUACCGUAUAUAGAUACAUUUAUAGUUUAAGUAUCAUUUAAAAUUAUCAUUACUAUGAAAUGUCAUUCAUGAUUAUUUAUAUUUUUAUAUGUUGUCUAAUAUUUAAGUAUCUUCUUCAUAGUCGUAUUCCUGCCUGAGGGUCGUGGUCAUUACGUGGAAUGAAACACACACAACAACUUUCUUGGCAUUAUUAAUGGAGCGGUUUGUCAUUGCCUUCUCCAUUUCACACGCAAGUUAAUAAUCAACCGGUGUGGAAACUGCACACCGAUGCUCACGAUGUUUUCCUUCACCGGAAGCAAGUGGUGGCCGAUGAAAACUACUAUACAUGAGUCAGAUUGGUAUACAAACUCAUGUGGCACGAGUAGGAUUCGAACCUGGGACCUAUCGAUCCACAGGCGGGCAUCUUAACCAUUACACUAUCACCGCUCAAUUUAAGUAUAAUAUAUGUAAAUAAAAAAAGUAUGCGAUUUAAAAAAAAAUGUGUUUUACAGAUGUUUUGUGUUCAAUUACGAAUUAAUAAAUAUUUGUUUAUUAUA